UGGUAAAAAUUUAACGAUCAUGACUUUAAUAGGCAAAACUCAAGUUGUCCUAAAGAAAAUAUCAACCUCUAUUUAUAAAUCAUAUAAAAGGCCAUUUACAAUAUGUAUAGAGGGUAAUAUAGGAUGUGGUAAGACAACAUUCUUGAAUAAUUUUGAACAAUUUAACAAUGUAACAAUUCUACAAGAACCAGUAGAACUUUGGCGUAAUGUUGCAGGAACAAAUUUAUUGGAUCUCAUGUAUAAAGAUCCUAAACGAUAUAGUUUUUUAUUUCAAUCUUAUGUGAAUUUAACAAUGAUAAAACUUCAUGUAUAUAAAUCUUCAAUGCCUUACAAAAUCAUGGAGAGAUCAAUAUUUAGUGCAAGAUGUUUUAUAGAAAACAUGAAACGCACAAAAUUAUUACCUGACGUAGAAAUAGAAAUUCUAGAAGAUUGGCAUGAUUGGUGUAUACAAAAUGUCAAUAUAGAAACAGAUUUAAUAAUUUAUUUAAGAUCGUCUCCAGAAGUUGCAUAUCAAAGAAUACAAACCAGAGCAAGGAAAGAAGAAAAUUCUGUAACAUUAGAGCAUUUAAAACAACUUCACAAUAUUCAUGAUGAAUGGCUUUAUUAUCAGACAUUAUUCACUAUACCAGCACCAGUUUUAACAUUAAAUGCAAAUAAAAAUCUAGGAGAUAUGCUUGAAGAAAUUGAGAAUUGUAAAAACUAUAUUUUUAGUAAAAAGGAGAGAGAUAAAAACAAAAUUGAAAUAUUACCAGAUUCUUCCUAA